AUGCCUUUAGUUCAAAGCUCACAGGACUAUCUGCCUUACAUUGACGCGGUGCCGUCGGAGAACGAGCUUCAAGCGGCACGCGCUCUUAUCCAAGCCGAACUUCCUCAAGACCACAAGAUGACUCUUCACCCCUCAAUACCAGAGCGCACACCUAUCGAAUUCAGCGACUUGGUCGAAGCCGAACACGAACGACUGUCCUCCGGGGCGGAGAAAGAAGCUGGAAUCGACUUGUCGCGUUACGAAGCACAAGAUGCGCCAGCCACAAACGACACGGAACAAUGGCGCGCAACCCUUCAACAAGCAUAUGCCUCUUCGGAAUACCUAGAGUCGCGCCAGGUCAAUCUAUCGUUGCUGGAAACAUACGGCAAGAACGCCUGGCUGAUCUCAAACGACCAACUCGAAGGCAUUCUCCGCACUGCCGAGCGCGAAGUCUCACAAAGGAAGAUCGAGCUGGAGGAUAUCGACAGGGCAAGAAGAGACGGUCAGAAUGCCCGCAAGGGUGAGUUGGAAGCGCUGGAACAGCAGUGGAAGAUUGGCGUGGGCCAGAUGAUCGAGGUUGAGGUCGCUGCCGAGAAGCUGCGUCUGGACAUCCUGGACAAGAAGAGAGCCGGUGCAAGAUGA